AUGCCCGACGGAAACUGCGCUACUAGCAAAAUACUCAUUGAUGUCCUCGUCUAUUAUUAUUUUCUUGCGGCUGGUCGUUUGGAUGGCGUACCUCACCAACACCAGUGUCAAAUCUGUCUAUCUCCAUUCUUUCGCGACAACUUCAGGGCAGCGUGCGCUUGGGUCAAGAACGAAGGCAGAAAGCCACUCACCAAGCUGAAGGAUAUGCCCAAGAUAGUACAGCCACCGUGGUACGGCCAGCAUGAACCGCAUGACUCAGCAGACCGUCAUGCUGGAGGAGAUGAGGGAGCAAACAGCGGUCAAGGCUCUUCCAAACCUCUAGUGGUGGCAGCCAACGCCAACACGACAGAAGCCCCUCCAUCCCAGCUCAAGCCUGCGCGGCGCGAGUUAGACGAAGCUUGCGAUCUCAUAGAAGAAACUAACAAGCGCUUGAAAACGGAGAUUGAGGAGCUGCAGAGUGACAAGCAGCAAUGGGAGGCCACCAAGAAGCGCCUCGAGGAUGACAAGUGGACGCUCAGAAAAGACCUCUGUCGGGAGCGCGAGAGCAUCGGAACGCUCAAGAAAGAGCUGAAGAUUGGAUACGAUGCACGCGUCGCCAUGGAGAAGCGUGCCAUCCAGGCUGAGCAAAAGGUUGUGACUUGCGGGACCCAGCUUGAGAAGGAGAAGGCGAUUACGGUUCGAGCACUGGGGGAAAAGGCGAGGUUGGAGAUCGAGCUGCAGGAUCUGAAGUCGGCGAAGAGAUCUUGA